CGUGAAGGCACCAUUAGUCACUACGGGAGCGCGAUCAUGUCUCAUCCGCGAUGAGCGGAGGAGGAAAUCCCGCAGAGAGCUAUGAUGGUUUGUGAGCAGUCGGAAGGCGAGACAUGCGCGGCAGAACGGCUGCGUCUCGUCUCGCCUGAAACCAGCCGGCGGCCGCGCAGCUGCUCGCGGGACAGUCGGGACAUCCGGGACAGUGUCGGCGUGGACCGGACCCUUUCUACACCGACGGACGCCAGAAGGAGGAGAAGAAGGGGAAGGAGAGACAGACGUCGCAACAUGUUCGAAGCCGCAGGGAUCCCUCUCAUCCUGCUGGACGUGACCUGUCUCAUCCUCGUGGGCCUGCCAUUCUUUAUCCUCACGCCGCAACACAACCCUUUCAAACGGGGUUUCUACUGCAACGAUGAGUCCAUCAGAUACCCCCUCAAAGAGGACACCAUAUCCUACCAGCUGCUGGGGGGAGUCAUGAUCCCCUUCACGCUGAUCGUGAUCGUCUGCGGCGAGUGCCUUUCCGUUUACCUGUCUCGCGUCAAGAAGCAGUCCCUGGGGACCAAGUAUGUGGCGUGCGUCUACAAAGCUGUGGGUAGCUUCGUGUUUGGAGCUGCUGCGAGCCAGUCUCUCACAGACAUAGCCAAGUACUCCAUUGGUCGCCUGCGGCCGAACUUCCUGGCUGUGUGCAAGCCAGUCUGGGAUCGCAUCAACUGCAAAACGGACGGCUACAUCGAGAACGUCACCUGCACUGGAGACAAGUUUCUGGUAGAUGAGGCCAGACUGUCCUUCUACUCUGGCCACUCAUCCUUCUCCAUGUACUGCAUGCUGUUCCUUGUUCUGUACAUUCAGGCCAGAAUGAAGUCAGAAUGGACGAGGCUUCUGCGUCCCACCAUCCAAUUCUUCCUAAUCGCAACUGCUCUGUAUGUGGGUCUGUCCCGGGUGUCCGACUACAAACAUCACUGGAGCGACGUGUUCACCGGCCUCCUGCAGGGAGGUUUAGUGGCUAUUCUCACAGUGGUCUGUGUGUCCAACUUCUUUGAACAGCCAGUGGACGCGGUGGUGUCACAGGAAGAAGACGCGUCGCCCACCAGUCUACACGAAAGCCCUUCCAGUUUGAACCACUACGGUAGCACUGACUGAAUCUGAGGCCUCAAAAGACAAUUCUGUACAUCUGUAUAUGAAAUGGCCAGAGAGGACUUGAACACAUCAGUAAACCACAAGUCUUUGAUAUUAACUGCUGGCUGUUUCUGUGCACUUCAUUCAACGCCGCAGCCCGCAGGCGUUACCUAUUACCUCGGUUGCAGGAAGAAAAGUGUUAUGCAUGAGACAGUACUUGCACUUUAUUGAGAUAUAAAGCAGCAGAAGUUUCUGCCAAGUUUUUGGCUAAAUCCCCUCGUAGUAAAAAAAAUAUUACGGAAUGACACUGCAAAAUACAGUACAGCGUGUGGGUUCACCUUAGAGAAAAUGGGUCUCCACAGUGUACACUUGUUGGAAAUGUGGUCUCUAGUUUAUAUUGGUCUGAUGUUGCCAUCUCGAAUGAAUGAAAUUCCUUUUGCCCAGAAUAUAAUGAGCGUCUGUGUGCGCACUGCAAGCAGGCUUGUAGAGGCGCCUGGCACCUGUGAAUAAGAAAACCUGGACUGUCCUCAAACUUAAAAUGGAGCAUGAACUCAUAAAUUAUAUAUUUUUUUGUUGUUAUUUUUUUGCCUUAGGCAGAUCGCUGCUACCUGCUGUUAUGCCCCUUACCUGAUGUUAUUUCAUUGUAAUGUAUGUACAAAAUACAGUGAAUUCCUUUUUGUUUUUUGUAUGAAGAUCAAUGUGUUUUUGUCCACGCAAGAAGCUUUGAACGGCAUCAGUGAUGAGACAAAUAAAGAGAGCUCCAUUUUGCUACUUUGAUACUGA